GCUUGUCACCCGGGCGGGCGGUGAAAGCGAGAAGGCAAGCAUGGAAGCGCCGCUCCUCGCCGCAGCGACGGGGACGGGAAAGAAGAUCGGAGCUGGUGAGGAGGGGAGCCUGGCCGUGCGCGAGGUCAAGAAGCAGAUGUACCUCGCCGGACCGCUCGUCGCCGGGUUCCUCCUGCAGAACCUAAUUCAGAUGGUCUCCGUCAUGUUUGUCGGCCACCUCGGCGAGCUCGCGCUGGCCAGCGCCUCCAUCGCCACCUCCUUCGCCAGCGUCACGGGCUUCAGCUUGCUGGUGAGCAUCUCCCGCUGCCCCUCUCUCUUUAUCCUCUCGUUUCUGUCCAGCCGGAUCCGGUUCACCGACCGGCGGUGUCCUCGUCAGGCAGGCAUGGCGUGCAGCCUGGACACGCUGUGCGGGCAGGCCUUCGGCGCGCGGCAGCACCGCAUGCUCAGCGUCUACAAGCAGCGCGCCAUGCUGGUGCUCGCGCUAGUGAGCGUCCCGGUGGCGGCGGUCUGGGCCUACACCGGCGAGAUCCUCGCGUGGUGCGGCCAGGACCCGGAGAUCGCCGCCGGGGCCGGCAGCUACAUCCGGUGGAUGAUCCCUGCGCUGUUCGUGUACGGGGCGCUGCAGUGCCACGUCCGAUUCCUGCAGACGCAGAACCUCGUCGUGCCGGUGAUGCUCGGCUCCGGCGCCACCGCGCUGUGCCACCCGGCCGUCUGCUGGGUGCUGGUGCGCGGGCUCGGCCUCGGCCGCAACGGCGCCGCGCUGGCUAACGCCAUCUCCUACCUCGCCAACCUCUCCCUCCUGGCGCUCUACGUCCGGCUCGCGCCGUCCUGCAGGACCACCUGGACGGGCUUCUCCGCCGAGGCGUUCCGCGGCGUCCCCGACUUCCCCAAACUCGCCGUGCCGUCCGCCUGUCAUGGUCUGGUACUGAGAUUCUUCAAUUCUUCCAUUCCCAAACGGAGAAGCUUGGGACCUGCUGAGGCCGACCGAUUCUCUGAGAAGAUGGGUACUCAUGGUGAAAUCCACAACGACAACGUCAUCAAGGCGACCAUGGAGGAGCUCACUGAAGAGGAGCGCAAAGCCUACCUCAUCGCUGAAGAGCACCUGAAGGAGCAGUUUCUUCAGGGAUUCAAGAAGGAGCGAGGAGGCCUAUUCAAGAGGGUCGGGGAGUUCGUGAUGCCAUCAUUCAAGUUAAACCAAGACAAGGUCAAGAUUCGAAAAUAUCUGCUGCGCAAGUAG